AUCAUCGUAUAAGACCUAAGGUCAGUAGUCGGUAAUACUGACUGCCACAGGUAAAAUACAAAGCAAGACGAAGUAAGUCUCUCUGUCUGAGGAAAAGCACGGUCAAAUAAUGAUUUUCUGGGCAGCGCUUCUCCUCGUUCUUCCUGCCCUAAUUGAAGGUUGCGGAAAACGUCCCGCGGGAACCCGCGUGAUCAAUGGCCAAGAUGCCGCACCUCAUUCAUGGCCUUGGCAGAUUUCUCUUCGUCUUGAUGGCUACCACAUUUGUGGUGGUACACUGAUCAGACCAGACUGGGUUCUUACUGCGGCUCACUGUGUUAACAAGAACCCAGACCCCAAAAGAUACAUCGUGGCUGUAGGGGCUCACCGAAGACUUAGUAUUACUAGUGUAGAACGCUUUAUGAAGAUCAAGAAAGUAAUAAUGCAUUCUGGGUACACGGACCAACAAAAACUUCAUGACAUCGCUCUUCUACAGCUCAGGACACCGGUAACUCUGAGUGAUAAGGUGAACUUGGCAUGUCUUCCAACAACUGAAGCAGCUGUUGGUGCCAAAUGUUACAUCACAGGUUGGGGUCGCACAUCGGCUUCGAGUGGUUCAGCAGACACACUUCAACAAGCCAUGCUACCUGUAGCUUCUCACUCAGACUGCAAGAAGAAGUUCACUAUCGUAGAUCGUAAGGCACAUAUCUGCGCAGGUGAUGCUAAAUCAAGUGCGUCAUCAGGUGGUUGUCAUGGUGACAGCGGCGGGCCUCUUGUAUGUGAAGAGCGAGGACGAUGGGUGCAACACGGGAUUGUCAGUUUCGGCAAGAGAAACUGUCCUACAACAUUCUACACAGUAUUUGCGAGAGUCUCCAGCUAUUUGGACUGGGUUAACAGCAAGAUUACCGGAUCAACUCCUUCGCCUCCUUCGCCAUCACCACCACCAAGCCCAGAACCACCUUUGCCUCCAACCACGUCUCCAGCAGGCGGUUGCUCAGACAGAUCAGGCCCUAAAGCAUGUCAAUACUUCAAAGACCGCUGUUCACAAGACUUCGUGAAGAAAGCUUGCCAAAAGACAUGUGGUCUUUGUUGAACACAGCUGAUAUCGCUAUGGAAACCUAAAAAAUCAAUAAAUAAAAGUCAAUAAAAGUUAUGAUUUGGUUAAA